UGUGCCCCGCCGAGGUCCCUGCCCGGCCCCUUCCCCGGCCCGGGGCCGCGGGGAGGCGCGGGGGUUGGGGCUGGCUCCAGGGAGGAGGCGGCGGCCGCCACCGGGGCGUGCGAGUGAGUGAGGGAGUGCGAGGCGGGAGGGGGAGGCGGCGCGGCCGCGGCCCUGGCCCCGGCCCGGCGAGGGCGGCUUCUCACAGCGCCUCUCUCUCUCCCUUUCCCUCCCUCGGCGUCUCUGCCCCUCUGCGCCUCUCCUCCCGCCAUGGGACCCGACUCUCCGUGCCCGCCGCAGUGCCCAGCCGGCUGGGGGAAGAUGCCAAAAUGGCGACCGGCAACUACUUUGGAUUCACCCACAGCGGGGCGGCGGCGGCGGCGGCUGCGGCCCAGUAUAGUUCUGUUCUCUGGAGCAGCAUGGACCAGCAGCCAGCUUCGGGUGUAGCCUACUCUCAUCCAACUACAGUUGCUAGCUACACUGUCCAUCAGGCUCCAGUAGCUGCUCACACAGUUACUGCUGCCUAUGCACCAGCGGCCGCCACAGUUGCAGUUGCCAGGCCUGCUCCAGUAGCUGUUGCAGCUGCUGCAACAGCUGCUGCUUAUGGAGGCUACCCCACUGCACAUACAGCAACUGACUACGGUUAUACCCAGAGACAACAAGAAGCACCACCACCACCACCCCCAGCUACUACACAGAACUACCAGGACUCGUACUCGUAUGUAAGAUCCACCGCUCCUGCUGUAGCUUAUGAUAGUAAGCAGUACUACCAACAGCCAACAGCAACGGCUGCUGCCGUAGCAGCUGCUGCCCAGCCUCAGCCUUCUGUUGCUGAAACCUACUAUCAGACAGCCCCCAAAGCAGGUUAUAGCCAAGGUGCAACUCAGUAUACACAAGCCCAGCAGACUCGACAAGUGACAGCCAUAAAACCAGCCACACCAAGUCCAGCUACCACUACUUUCUCCAUUUAUCCUGUAUCUUCCACCGUACAGCCAGUAGCAGCUGCAGCUACUGUGGUGCCAUCUUAUACCCAGAGUGCUACUUACAGUACCACGGCAGUUACUUAUUCUGGUACGUCUUAUUCAGGUUAUGAAGCAGCAGUGUAUUCAGCUGCAUCCUCCUACUACCAACAGCAGCAGCAGCAACAGAAGCAGGCGGCGGCCGCAGCAGCAGCUGCUGCUGCAACAGCUGCCUGGACAGGGACCACCUUUACUAAAAAAGCACCAUUCCAAAAUAAACAACUGAAACCAAAACAGCCUCCCAAACCACCCCAGAUUCACUAUUGUGAUGUUUGUAAGAUCAGCUGUGCUGGACCACAGACUUAUAAAGAACAUUUAGAAGGACAGAAACAUAAAAAAAAAGAAGCCGCAUUGAAAGCCUCACAAAAUACCAGCAGCAGCAACAACUCUACUCGUGGGACUCAAAAUCAGCUACGUUGUGAGCUCUGCGAUGUGUCUUGUACAGGAGCAGAUGCAUAUGCUGCCCACAUUCGUGGUGCUAAGCAUCAGAAAGUGGUUAAAUUACACACAAAACUUGGUAAACCCAUUCCUUCAACAGAACCAAACGUUGUUAGCCAAGCUACUUCUUCAACAGCUGUGUCUGCUUCAAAACCAACUGCCUCUCCCUCAAGCAUUGCAGCAAGCAAUUGUACUGUGAAUACUUCAUCAAUUGCAACUUCUUCAGUGAAAGGUCUUACAACUACAGGAAACUCGUCUCUUAAUAGCACAUCCAACACUAAAGUAUCAGCAGUGCCUACAAAUAUGGCUGCCAAGAAAACCUCUACACCCAAAAUAAACUUUGUUGGUGGGAAUAAGUUGCAAUCAACAGGAAAUAAAACAGAAGACUUAAAAGGAACUGAAUGUGUUAAAAGCACUCCUGUCACCUCUGUACAGAUUCCAGAAGUAAAGCCGGACACCGUGUCAGAACCAGUCACACCUGCAUCUCUUGCUGCUUUGCAGAGCGAUGUGCAGCCAGUAGGGCAUGACUAUGUGGAAGAGGUACGAAAUGAUGAAGGAAAAGUAAUUCGAUUCCAUUGUAAAUUAUGUGAGUGCAGUUUUAAUGAUCCCAAUGCUAAGGAGAUGCACUUAAAAGGGCGAAGACACAGACUUCAAUAUAAAAAAAAAGUAAAUCCAGAUUUACAAGUAGAAGUAAAGCCCAGUAUUCGAGCCAGGAAGAUUCAAGAAGAGAAAAUGAGGAAGCAAAUGCAGAAAGAGGAGUAUUGGCGAAGACGAGAAGAAGAAGAACGUUGGAGAAUGGAAAUGAGACGUUACGAAGAGGACAUGUACUGGAGAAGAAUGGAGGAAGAACAACACCAUUGGGAUGAUCGCCGCCGAAUGCCUGAUGGAGGCUAUCCUCACGGUCCCCCAGGCCCAUUAGGCCUUCUGGGAGUCCGACCAGGCAUGCCUCCUCAGCCACAGGGGCCUGCACCUUUACGUCGUCCUGACUCCUCUGAUGACCGUUAUGUAAUGACAAAACACGCAACCAUUUAUCCAACUGAAGAAGAAUUACAAGCAGUUCAGAAAAUUGUUUCUAUCACUGAACGUGCUUUAAAACUUGUUUCAGACAGUUUGUCUGAACAUGAGAAGAGUAAGAGCAAAGAGGGAGAUGAUAAAAAAGAGGGAGGUAAAGACAGAGCUUUAAAAGGAGUUUUGCGAGUGGGAGUAUUGGCAAAAGGAUUACUUCUCCGAGGAGAUAGAAAUGUCAACCUUGUUUUGCUGUGCUCUGAGAAACCUUCAAAGACAUUAUUAAGCCGUAUUGCAGAAAACCUACCCAAACAGCUUGCUGUUAUAAGUCCUGAGAAGUAUGACAUAAAAUGUGCUGUGUCUGAAGCGGCAAUAAUUUUGAAUUCAUGUGUGGAACCCAAAAUGCAAGUCACUAUCACCCUGACAUCUCCAAUUAUUCGAGAGGAGAACAUGAGGGAAGGAGAUGUAACCUCGGGUAUGGUGAAAGACCCACCGGACGUCUUGGACAGGCAAAAAUGCCUUGACGCUCUGGCUGCUCUACGCCACGCUAAGUGGUUCCAGGCUAGAGCUAAUGGUCUGCAGUCCUGUGUGAUUAUCAUACGUAUUCUCCGGGACCUCUGUCAGCGAGUUCCAACAUGGUCUGAUUUUCCAAGCUGGGCUAUGGAGUUACUAGUCGAGAAGGCGAUCAGUAGUGCUUCUAGUCCUCAGAGCCCUGGAGAUGCACUGAGAAGAGUUUUUGAGUGCAUUUCUUCAGGGAUUAUUCUUAAAGGUAGUCCUGGACUUCUGGAUCCUUGUGAGAAGGAUCCAUUUGAUACCUUGGCAACAAUGACUGACCAACAGCGUGAAGACAUCACUUCCAGUGCACAGUUUGCAUUGAGACUCCUUGCAUUCCGCCAGAUACACAAAGUUCUAGGCAUGGAUCCAUUACCCCAAAUGAGCCAACGUUUUAACAUCCACAACAACAGGAAACGAAGAAGGGAUAGCGAUGGAGUCGAUGGAUUUGAAGCUGAGGGGAAAAAAGACAAAAAAGAUUAUGAUAACUUUUAAAAAGUUUCUGUAAAUCUGCAGUGUUAAAAACAACAGGUGCCCAUUUGUUGGUUGUUUUUCAUUCAUAAUAAUGUCUACUUUGAAAAGUUUAUCAAGAAUUUAAAGAAUUUCAUGGAAGAACCAAGUUUUUCUGUGACAUUAAUAUCUUAAUGUACAGUGUUAGGUAUUAUAUUGAAUGGAAAGACACCCAAAAAAAAAAAUUGUGCUCCAACUAGGGGAAAAACAGUGGUUCAGAUUUUUUCCCCAUUAUUUUGGUUUUAUUUACUGGUUGCCCUAGCUCCCCCUAUUUUUGUGUCUUUUAUUAACUAGUCUUAUUAAAUCUUUACUGUAUUUAAUGCAGUAUUUGUGCUUCAGUUGCUAUGUGUAUUUUGAUAUUUUUAUUUAGUUUUGUUUGCUCUUUGACACUAGAUGUUACUUUGUGUUAUAGAUGAUAUCCUUUGCCCUUCUUAAUAUUUUACAGCAGUACGUUUUUUUGUAACGUGGAACUGCAGAAUUUUUUCUUUUUGUUUUAUUCUGUAUGUGACGGAUUUCAACACAAAAAGUUAUCCUGCCAUUUAAGUGCUCAGAACUGAAUGUUUCUGCAGAUCUUGUGGCAUUUGUCCCUAGUGUGAUAUAUAAAGGUGUAAUUAAGACAGAUUUCUGUUAAUCUAAUCAAGUUUGCUGUUAGUUGUGCAUUAGCAGUAUAAAAGCUAAUAUAUACUAUAUGGUCUUGCAACAGUUUUAAAGCCUCUGCAUAAUUGAUAAUAAAAAUGCAUGACAUUUUUGUUUUUAAUAGACUUUUAAAAUUAUAAUUUUAGGUUUGACACGUAGAUCUUUGUACAGUUGACUUUUUGACAUAGCAAGGCCAAAAAUAACUUUCUGAAUAUUUUUUUCUUCUGCAUAAGUGGAAAGGGCAUUUUUCAUAUAUAAGUGGGCUAACCAAUAUUUUCAAAAGAACUUUAUCAUUGUGCAACUAACAACAGUAACUAGCCCUUAAUUAUGAUGACAGUUCCUUAUUGGUGUGUGUGAGAUUACUCUAGCAAACUAUUACAGUGUAACACAGUUGAAUGAUUCCUCCCCCCUGCCCAUCACCCACAUAAUUUACAGUUCUCUUAACAGUGAGGUUGAUAAAGUAUUACUGAUAAAAAAUUAAGGUUAUCUAAGGAGAAAAACCAGAAAAUUAUUUGGUGUGGCCAUCUUACAUGCUUAUGUGUCCUACAAAAAGCUAAAUAUUCUAGCAGUGGUGUAAUGAGAAGUUACAUCUUACUGUUGAUGUAUGUAUGCUCUGGUACACAGAUGUCAUUUUGUUGUCACAGCACUACAGUGAAAUACACAAAUAAAAACUUAAAUUCAUAUAAUGACUUAAAUGUAUUAUAUGUUAGAAUUGACUCAUAAACUACUUUUGCUUUGAAAUGACUUAUGCUUCAGUAAAACCAUAGUCAAGUUUUUUGGGUACUUACAUCUUGUUAUGCUACCUGAGCACAUAAUUUCAGAAGAAUUAUAAUUCAGUAGUCUAUUGGCUUAACUUCUUAAUUUGGUCAGAAUCUUUCCCUGGACCCUUAGAGAACCAGGAAACUGUAGGAGACGACUACCAGAGAACUAGAACGAGAAACUUGGGCUUUUUUACCAAUUUUGUCACAUAUACUGUGUAACAUUGGCAAGCCUUUUUUUUUUUUUUUUUUUAUGUUUCUGGGUCUCCUUUUACUCUUUUGAAUAAUUAGUUGCCCAGUAAAAUUUUGGAAUUUUGUUUUUCACAAUUCUCUUGAGAGAGAAGGCAAGAACUGACAUUUUGUCACGCACUAAUGACACAACAUACCAUGCUUGGUCAUUUCCCGUUUUAACCUAUCAUAGCGAUAAGAAUAAGUGACAGUGCUGUAUUUCUUAUUUUUCAGAUGAGAACACUGAAGCCCAGAGUGGCUAACUAACAAAAGAUCACAGAUCCACUUAUGUGACAGGAUUGAAAUUGAGUCAGGUUUCAGUAGGAGCUAUAGUUAGCGCCAUUUAAAUUUUUUAUGAAAAUAAAUGUUCCAGUACUACUUA